AGUUUGGAUUUUUUUACAGCCAGACUCUCCUCUUCCGGCUGAAACCUGCUGUGCAGUGAGCUUCAGAGGACAGAGGAACCAUCACCAUUGCUGGAACCUGACAGAAAUCCAAGCCAUUUACUAGAGCAUCUCUCAUUGCAGCCUCACCAUCAUAAUAUACCAGGAACUUUCAAGUGUGGCAGUGUCUCAGCUGCAACCAUGGGGUCUGAGGAUCAUGGGGCCCAGAACCCCAGUUGUAAAAUCAUGACAUUUCGCCCAACUAUGGAAGAAUUUAAGGACUUCAACAAAUAUGUGGCCUACAUCGAGUCCCAGGGAGCCCACCGGGCAGGCCUGGCCAAGAUCAUUCCCCCGAAGGAGUGGAAGCCACGGCAGACGUAUGAUGACAUCGAUGACGUGGUCAUCCCAGCCCCCAUCCAGCAGGUGGUGACGGGCCAGUCAGGCCUCUUCACACAGUACAACAUCCAGAAGAAGGCCAUGACGGUCGGGGAGUACCGCCGCCUGGCCAACAGCGAGAAAUACUGCACUCCCCGGCACCAGGACUUCGACGACCUGGAACGCAAGUACUGGAAGAACCUCACCUUCGUCUCUCCCAUUUACGGUGCCGACAUCAGCGGCUCCUUGUAUGAUGAUGACGUGGCCCAGUGGAACAUCGGGAACCUUCGGACCAUCCUGGACAUGGUGGAACGUGAGUGCGGCACCAUCAUUGAGGGUGUCAACACCCCCUACCUGUACUUCGGCAUGUGGAAGACCACCUUUGCCUGGCACACGGAGGACAUGGACCUGUACAGCAUCAACUACCUGCACUUUGGGGAGCCCAAGUCAUGGUACGCCAUCCCACCAGAGCAUGGCAAGCGCCUGGAGCGGCUGGCAAUUGGGUUCUUCCCCGGGAGCUCCCAGGGCUGUGACGCCUUCCUUCGGCACAAGAUGACCCUCAUCUCACCCAUCAUCCUCAAGAAGUACGGGAUCCCAUUCAGCCGGAUCACGCAGGAAGCUGGGGAGUUCAUGAUCACCUUUCCUUACGGCUACCAUGCUGGCUUCAACCACGGAUUCAAUUGUGCCGAGUCGACCAAUUUUGCUACCUUGCGAUGGAUUGAUUACGGCAAGGUGGCCACUCAGUGCACGUGCCGGAAGGAUAUGGUCAAGAUCUCCAUGGACGUCUUUGUGCGUAUCCUGCAGCCAGAGCGCUAUGAGCUAUGGAAGCAAGGCAAGGACUUCACGGUGCUCGACCACACCAGGCCCACGGCCCUGAGCAGCCCUGAGCUCAGCACCUGGAGCACCUCCCGGGCCUCACUCAAGGCAAAGCUCCUCCGAAGACAAAUUAGUCUGAAAGAAAGCAGACACUGGAAAAAGACUGAGGAGGAGAGGAAACCAAAUCUAGAGAGGAAGAAAGAGCAGAGCAAAAAGCCGGGCCUGUCGUCUCACCGGAAACGCAGUCAGCCCAAGAAGCCCAAGCCAGAAGACCCCAAGUUGCCCGGGGAGGGGGCGGCUGGGGCGACUCCUCCCGAGGAGACCAGUGGUAGUGCGAAAGAGGAGGCUGCACAGGAGGCGGAUCCCGAGGACGAGGAGGAGGAUCCUCAGCUGCCACCGCAGGGCCGGGAGGCAGAGGGCACAGAAGAGGACAGGAGGGGCAAGCUGCGGCCAGCCAAGGCCAAGGGUGACCGGAAGAAGAAGAGCCCCCUGCACCCUCACCACCCACUCCUACCCGAGCUGCCACCACCCCUGCCCCCCCAGUUCCCCGGUGAGGAGAUGCCACCGCCCCCACUGGAGCCCCCAGUGCUGACCCCCGGCCCUGAUGUCACUGAGGAGAGCCCCUUGCCACCGCCCCUCAAUGUCAUGCCCCCCGAGGCACCUGGCGAGGAGCUGGAGCCCAAGCCCCGCCCCAUCAUCCCCAUGUUGUAUGUGGUGCCCUGGGCCAGCCAAGCCACAUGUGAGAAGGGCCGAGUGUCCUGCCAGCAGGCGUCUGAGCACUUUCCCCAGAAGGGCCCUGCCUGGAAGGAGCAGCUAGCCCCCAUGGAGCUGACGGAGCCUGAAGAGGACAGUGGAGCCAGCGAAGUGCAGGCUCAGUCAACGUUUUCCAAGUUGAAGAUGGAGAUCAAGAAGAGCCGGCGCCACCCUCUGGGCAAGCCGCCCACCCGGUCCCCUCUGUCAGUGGUCAAGCAAGAGGCAUCCAGUGAUGAGGAAGCCUUCCCUUUCUCCGGGGAGGAGGACAUGAGUGACCCCGAGGCCCUGAGGUCCCUGCUGUCCCUGCAGUGGAAGAACAAGGCUGCCAGCUUCCAGGCUGAGAGGAAGUUCAACGCGGUGGCUGCCCUCACCGAGCCCUACUGCGCCAUCUGCACCCUCUUCUACCCGUACAGCCAGUCCCUACAGAUGGAGAAGGAGGCCUCACAGGCCUCCCUCGGGGAGGGCCCUUCCAUACCACCUUCCAAGUGUGGCCAGAAGACACGGCCGCUGAUCCCUGAGAUGUGCUUCACCUCCAGCGCCGAGAACACAGAGCCACUCCCCGCAAACUCCUACAUCGGUGAUGACGGGACCAGCUUGCUGAUCGCCUGUGCCAAGUGCUGCCUGCAGGUCCAUGCCAGUUGCUACGGCAUCCGCCCGGAGCUGGUCAACGAAGGCUGGACGUGUUCCCGGUGCACGGCCCACGCCUGGACUGCGGAGUGCUGCCUGUGCAACCUCCGGGGAGGAGCUUUGCAGAUGACAACAGACAAGAGAUGGGUCCAUGUGAUCUGCGCCAUCGCAGUCCCUGAAGUUCGGUUUCUGAACGUGAUGGAGCGCCAUCCUGUGGACAUCAGCGCCAUCCCUGAGCAGCGGUGGAAGCUGAAAUGCGUGUACUGCCGGAAGCGGAUGAAGAAGGUGUCUGGGGCCUGUAUCCAGUGCUCCUGCGAGCACUGCUCCACUUCCUUCCACGUGACCUGCGCCCACGCCGCAGGGGUCCUCAUGGAGCCAGAUGACUGGCCCUACGUCGUCUCCAUCACCUGCUUCAAGCACAAGUCGGGCGGCCAUGCCGUCCAGUUCCUGAGAGCUGUGUCCUUAGGCCAGGUGGUCAUCACCAAGAACCGCAACGGGCUUUACUACCGGUGCCGUGUUAUCGGCUCCACCACGCAGACCUUCUAUGAAGUGAACUUUGAUGACGGGUCCUACAGUGACAACCUGUACCCGGAGAGCAUCACUAGUCGAGACUGUGUCCGGCUGGGACCCCCACCCGAGGGGGAGUUUGUUGAACUCCGGUGGACUGAUGGAAACAUCUACAAGGCCAAGUUCAUUUCCUCUGUGACCAGUCACAUCUAUCAGGUGGAGUUUGAGGACGGGUCCCAGCUGACAGUGAAGCGCGGCGACAUCUUCACCCUGGAUGAGGAGCUGCCCAAGAGGGUCCGGUCACGGCUGUCAGUCAGCACCGGGGCGCCGCAGGAAAGCGCCUUCCCUGGAGAGGAGGUGAAGGCCGCCAAGCGCCCGCGCGUGGGCACUCCACGUGCCGCCGAGGACUCGGGGCGGAACCCAGACUACCUGGCCUUCAUGGAGAGCCUGCUGCAGGCCCAGUGCCGGCCCAGAGCCCCCUUCUAGGACCGCCAGCCAGCGCCCAGCCACCCCUCAGCCCAGCAAAGCAGGCGGCAGCGGCCCGGGCAUUUGCUUGCUGUGAAUUCCUGUCCUCGCCUCCCCGCCCCGAGAGGCUACCUCCAUGCUCUGCGGGGACAGGAGCAAGCAGGAUGCUGCAGGGCCCAGACUCAGGGAGUGGGGCCGUGCCGGCUCUGGGGGCAUCGGCUGGGGCUCGCGCCACCCCUACUACUCAGAUUCGUAAACCACGUAAGCUCUUCUUCUUGAAAAGGUGCUACUGCGUUGCCUGCCUCCUGAGCAGCCUUUGAGAUUGUGACUCCUGUACAUAAAUCUCCUUUGUGAGGCUCUUUCUAUAAAUACUUAUUGUUUAAAAAACUCAAGAAAAAAGGAAAACAAAGAAGAGGAAAAAAGUCCCUAAAGUUGUUUUGUAGAUUUGUGGCUUUAAAAACAAAACAAAAAAUAUUCUUUUUAUUAGAACCGAGACGUGCUGAGGGAGACAAAAGCAUCUCAUUUUUUUGUUUGUUGUUAUUUUAAGAUCUUAUUCCUCUGUGAGCAGGCAGGGAAGUGCGGUGAGGCCUGGAGGGGGGAUGACACCCAGCGACAGGCCAUGCCCUGUCACUCUGCUCUCUCCCUGACUUUGUGAAGGUCUGUCUGCGCAGCUGGCCACAGUGCCAGCCCCUCUCUGGCCAGGCAGGAGGAGGGACAGGAGGAGGUUGGAGGACCUUUUAGUGGCCAAGUGCUGGCCACGGUGUCUAGGAGCCUCCCUCCUGUCUGAGCACCUUUGCAAAUAAACAAUCUCUUCUGGUUUGUUCCAUCUUUUGCUUCUUCCCCCGUGAGAACCAUUCCACAGUGAGGCCUGCAGUAUGCGAGGGGGCUCUGUGCAGACUGAAUGCCCCUGGUGCACCCAGGAGCCCCUCAUCCUGCUCAGGGGAGGGAGCCCCAGUGUGGGUGGCCUUCAGCGGAGCAGAUGGGCUCCCGGCUUCCGGGGAGGGAGGACACAGAGCCGAAUCAGGCCUCCAGGUGGCCCAAGUCCAGCCUGUGUCCCCAGGCUCCUGGUGCCCCUGCUUUGGCUGCAGCCCUACAUGGGGAAAGGGCAUGGGGAGGGCUUCCUGGGACCCCGAGGGGCUGGCAGCGUCCUCUGUCCUUUCUGUGACCCGUGUGUCUGGGAGAGUGAGCAAGAGAGGGAGAGGGCAUUGCUGCUUUCAGCGUGAAGGAAUCUGCCUCUGACCAGUGGUGGGUGGACUCAGGAGAGAGAAACACGCUUUCCCGCGAGCUCGGGAAGGGCUCCGCGCUCUCCAUCCCUUCCGUGCCCUCUUCCUGCAGGACUGACAGCGUCAUUUACGUGUAUACGUUUUUUAAUUAAAAAAAAAAGUGUUCUAACGCUUGCCAGGCCAGAGAAAACUAUUUAAGGAAAAUGGAGAGUAUGUAAAUGAGCCAAGAACCUUUCAUUCCCUUGGUGGGGGGAGGAGGGCAGUUGUCCGUGUGGGCGGGGGCGGGAGGGACUGAGGGGAGUCAGCCGAGAUGUGGGGGUCUCCCUCUGCAUGCAGCAGCCCCGCCUGGUGGCGCCAUCUCUGUAUUCAUAUGUAGUUUGAAAAUGCUAUUUAUAUUGUAAAGAAAAUAAAAAGAAGCAGGCAGACACUCUGUGGCCCAUGGGGUCCUGGGGGUCUGAGGGAUAGCCAGCCCCGUGGCGGGGUCUCUGGGUCGCGCCCCUGUCAUGGGUUCCGGGAUGACUUGUGCAGACAGGUCGCCGCACAGCAAAGAGAAACACAUUUCCCCACAAAGAUAUAUGUCUAUGUGCAAAAACAGAAACCCCACCCACCCUCAUUUUUUUCCGACCCAGGAUUAAGGAUGUGCUGUAUUUUUUGCCUAAUUUCCCUGCCUCUAGGUUCAUAAUGAAUUAAAGGCUCAUGAGCACUGCGAUUACAGGU